AGCACAAUCCCAAAGAAAAUCAUAGCAGGCUUCUUUAUAGAAAUUAACAAACUGGUUAUAAGAUUUAUAUAGUUGUGCAAAGGGCCUAGGAUAGCCAAAACAAAGAAGAACAAAAUUGGAGGCCGCAUAUUGCCUGAUUUCAAGAAUUACUAUAAAGCUUUGGGAAUCAAGACUGUGUGGUAAUGUCAAGAUAGACAUAUAGAGAGACCGUGUGUUUCCAAAAUGGCGGCAGCGAUGGAUGUGGAUACCCCGAGCGGCACCAACAGCGGCGCGAAGCGCUUUGGAGUGAAAAAGUGGAAUGCAGUAGCCCUCUGGGCCUGGGAUAUUGUGGUUGAUAACUGUGCCAUCUGCAGGAACCACAUUAUGGAUCUUUGCAUAGAAUGUCAAGCUAACCAGGCAUCCGCUACUUCUGAAGAGUGCACUGUUGCAUGGGGAGUCUGUAACCAUGCUUUUCACUUCCACUGCAUCUCUCGCUGGCUCAAAAUACGGCAGGUGUGUCCGUUGGACAACAGAGAGUGGGAAUUCCAAAAGUACGGGCACUAGAGAGAGAAUUCUUCCAUCGAGCUCAACUGUUCUGUUAUUCAUUUAAUGACUUGCCCUCCUGUUACUUAAUUAUAAAUUAGAUAGAACCCUGUCUUUUCUGCUUUGUCUUUUUAGUUUGCUAUUCCCACAGCCAUAUUGUAUUCUGUGUCAAAUAAAAUCCAGUUGGAUUCUAAAA